AAUGCAAAACGUGCUUCAGUGGCCGCGGCACCGCUGGCCGCAUGGGUGACCGCGAAUCUGCAAUACUCCGAGAUUCUCGAAAAGAUUUCGCCAUUGGAACAGGAGAAAAAUCAACUUGUUAGCAAUUUAUCGAAAGCAGAAAAGCAAAUCGAAAAGCUCUCGAAGGGACUGCUAACUGUGGACGAGAAAGUGGCCGCUCUGAAGGAGAAGUUCGAGGGUCUCAUGAUGGAGGCGACUCAAAUCAAGAUAGACCUGGAAAAAGAACAGUUGAACUGGAAGAACCACGGCUUGCCUGGGGAUUCGCUUUCAGUGGAGAAUACUGUAGUGAUGUUCAACAAUACGCAAACACCGCUGGUUAUCGACCCGACAGGACGAAUCGCUGCGUUCCUACAUUCCUUCAUUGAUAAAUCGGAACUGCUCAGGGCCGCUCAGAACGAUUUAUUUACACAGAUCGAAUUUGGAAUUCGAUUCGGAAAAACAAUAAUUGUGGACGACGUUGCCGAAAUCGACGCUGCUCUUGUCCCCAUCUUCCGGAGAGAGUUAUCAUCUCAAGGACCACGACAGGUCUGA